GACCUCAAUCGUGCGCUAUAAGUGGAUAUUGACGGGGCGGAAAUAUUAAAAUAGGAAGUUUCAGAGACAUAUACUUCCUUUUGAUACGCAAAAAUAUAUUCAUUUCCUUCAACGUUGGAUUUUUUGGCACCCCCCUCUUCGGUGAUUGCGUAGAUUCAACUGUGUGUGCGCAUAGUGAAUUUUCUUUUCUCACAUCGUGGAUUAUGGUGAGGAAUAGAAGAAGAAAAGCAUGAUUUGCGGUCGUGGAAUCCAGUGCUGAAAAAGAGAAAAGUUGUCAUGCGACGUCUUACUUCACCUCAAAGGAUCUUCUUAAUGCUUCUACCAACACUUUAAUUCUCUGCAAAUCCAUCCUUCACAACCCAGGAACAACAAUCCAUGAUGAUGUUUGACGAUGCCGACGAGUGCUGAGACUGACUCGGCCACUGAGAAGAAUUGGCGGUGAUGGGAAGACGAGUGGACGGCAAUGUUCGUCCCUCGACGACGAGUUCUCACAGGAGAUUGGCAUCGAUUGCCAUUGUGCCACUGCUAAUUUACUUCUGGACACCGGUUGCAACAUUAGAACAAAAGGAUAAGCAAGAGAAGGCACCACCAUGCGAACCGCGUACACUGGACGAGAGUCCUCCUGACCCAUGGUACGAUGCAACGGACAUCACAUUAGACACCGCACGUUCUCUUGCUGAAUAUUUAGCGCGCAAACCGACACCAGUCGAGAUUCGGCAGAAGGCCAAUGCUCUGGCAAGGAGCGCACUCAUGGAGGAUGAGAAUUUCCUGGCAGUUGCAAUUGCGGCACCUUCCGUCCAGUUUGGCGUUGUACAAUUCCGCGACCAAGUGGAUCAUCCCCCUCAUGUUCAACUCAAUCACAGCUUCCUAACAACAUACUGGCGUGAACUCGGUGUGGCGUGGAAUCACACAAGUGGCUCCCAAUACUGGGGUGUGCCUUUCAGGGAUUGUGGUCCACUCAUGGGUCGAUGGCUGUGGCCAUUCAGUGUUACCAUUCAUGAGCAUGGCUUCAAAGUGGUUGCAUCCUCAUUCAUUGCCGCAGAUUUGGAUCAAUGCAACGAUGCCCUGGAGGCAAUUUUUGGUCAAAAGCAUGGAUGCGAUCGUGAAACAACCUUCUGCCUUCUAGGGGAAGUUGACGUCAAUGCUCCCCGAAAGGGGCAGUACACGUGCGUCUGUAGACAGGGUUUUUUCAUACCAAAUCAGACGCUUCAGGGCUUUGAAGGGGAGAAAGUAGAAGCUGGCAAAGGGAACUUUAGUUGCAUCCCUUGCCCUGGUGGAUGCACCGAAUGCAGCAAUACGGGUGAAUGCCUCCUCGGUGAUGAAUUGGAGGUUCUCUCCACCGAAACGCUCUUCAAGUCGUCAAUUGGGGCAAUUUUAGGUGCAUGUAUGCUGUGCUGCCUCGUUCUGGCUGUCAUUGUCUUCCGUCAAAGGAAGUGCAAGACCAUCGCUACGGGAAUGUGGACUGUACUGGAGACAAUCCUUUUGGGAAUUCUCCUUCUCUAUGAGGCUGUUUCACUGCAUUUUCUCCCUGCCUCAACGCUUCGAUGCCUACUGGAACCAUGGUGUCGCGAAUUGGGCUUUGUCAUCUGCUACGGAGCCAUCAUCCUCAAGCUCUAUCGUCACCUUAUUGAAUUCCGAACACGCAAAGCUCACAGGUGGGUAGUGCGAGAUUUGGACCUUCUCAAAUAUCUCUGUGCCAUGAUUGUGGCCGUACUAUGCUACCUGUCGGCUUUUACGGCCUCUGCCAUGGAUUUUCUUGAACACGGCGGUCUGUUGGGGCUCGAAGAAGAUGACACAAACACCUGCCGACCACUUAAAUGGGACUACGUCACCCAAGCCGGUGAAAUGUUCAUCUUAGCAUUUGGUCUCCACCUUGGCUAUGCCAGCCGAAAUGCCAACACACAAUUUCGGGAAAGACAAUUUCUCGUGGCUUCUAUCCUAAUUGAAUUUGUAGUGUCAUCGUUAUUUUAUAUCCUAAGAGCACUUUAUUUGCCAGAACUCAGUCCAGGUGCAAUCUUUCUGGCACUCUUCUUGCGAUCUCAGCUCACAAAUACCGUCACUGUAGGAUUAAUUUUUCUACCAAAGUUGUGGUAUCAACACAAGCAGGUUCGUUCCCUAACGCAAGAACUAUCAUGCCGCUUACCUGUGGAUGCUUUUAAGGGAUCCCACGAUGUCUCCCACCAUGGGGGCGGUAGUGCCGUCGGUGGUGGUGGAGCAUGCAUCCUCGGUGAUCCGGAUAUUGGGGAUUUGAGCCUCUCCGAGAUGAACCCGGAAGAUAUAAGAGCAGAACUGAAAAGACUGUAUACACAAUUAGAAAUUCUGAAAAAUAAGACACUGCGACAGGAUAAUCCGCAUAUUAGCAAAAGACGUGGUGGCAGAAAGGUGGCUCACCGGAGAUUUUCACUUCAGAAAAAAGGAAGUAAGGAUAAGGCUUUAAGUGCAAAGCAUCGGAGCAACAGACACAAUGCCCACGAUAUGGAGGUCACCGAGGCUGAACCCUCUCGUACACCUGAGGAUUCCGUAUGCAGUGCUGAAGGUCCUACGGACACUGGCGGGGAAUUGUCUGCGGUGUCUGCGUCCAAAUGAAUCCCCCACACGAUGUUCACACACACCCACCAUAAAAAAGUUAUUCAAUAAGGAAUAAAAUAAGAGCAAAGAGAGUAUCUUAAUAUUUUUAAGGAUAUAGAAUUGUGCGAAAGGACAGAAGCAUUUCCCUUUGCUAUACAACAUUUUUUUGUGUACAGUGGACAAGCAUAUAGAAAGUGUGAAAAGAAAAAAAAUAUUAUUAAAAAAAAGGAGAAUUAUUGUUAUCGCAUAAUUGUUAUGAAAGACGCAAAAACAAAUGAAAAAAAAUUUCUCAAAGUUUAUUUAGUAGUCUAUUCUGCAAGGAAGUUUCAAUGAGGAAACUGUUGGAGACUUAUACACACAAUAUGUCCUACAUUAGAGAAAAAAAAUCAAAUAACAUAAAAAGCGAGUCGCCAAAUGGGAAAGAGCUUCCCAUACAGGAAAUUUAAUGAGUUUUAUCGCUGUGACUUGUUUCCGUGUAAAUAUUAUGCGCUAAUAUGAAAAAAGAGAUGUGAAUAGUUAAAAAAAUGUAUUUUAAUUAAUUAAAAUCACUGAUAAGAAAGUUGAAUGCAAAUAAAAUUUAAUUUGCAUUAAAAGGAUUGAAAUUUGUGUAAAUAAAUGUACCAAGUUAGUUAAAUCGAUCUCAUUAUAUUGCAAUUUUUGAAUUGAGAGCUGAUGGUAAAAGAAAUGGUAAAACUUUAAUUGCUGCAUAUAGCGUAAAAUGAAUAAAAAACAAUUACAGCGAAAAUAAAUUUCCAUAUAAAUUGUUUAAGCAUCAGUCGGUCAGAGUUGGAAAAUACAUACAACCAUUAAUCACAAAAAUCAAGAUUUUUUAAAAGAUUACCUAUUUAUCAAUAAAAAAAAGAAAUAAAUAUUUUGAUAAAAAGUAGUUAUAUAUUUUUGAAGAUAUGUUAUAUUUUUAUAAUUUCCCGAAUCUUAACAAUCUGUCUGUAUUAUUCGGUGGAAGACCACAGAGGAAAUAUCAAGGUCAUUUUUGAUCUCUUUUACUUAUAUUCAAAGAAUUUCUAACUUGGAAAAGAAAUUAAUUAAAAUCUAGGAAAACUAAAUAAAAUCUCUAAAUUUUUGUCGAAACAGUGGAAUGAAAAAUAAAAAAAGUCUUGUUUUUUUUUCAACGACGUUUCGAUCCAGCGACGUUUUAAUUAUAUUAUUAAUAUUUAAUUAAUAAUUUAAUAUUAUUAAUUUGAUGUGACAUAUUAUAAUUUCUUUGGUAUUUUUCUGCAUUUUUUUAUGAAUCUUUUUUUUUACGUUAAUUUUCUAUUUAAAAAAAAUUAUCGAUCUGGGAAAUAAUUUUCCAACUCUGAUGUGAACAAAAACGUAGUGUGAAAGUCACAUUAACCACCGAGUAUAAAAAAAAGAGCAUUAAAAUAGAUUUUGAAUUCAAGGGAAAUACACUUGUAUGCUAUGGGGGACCAAAAUGUCCUGAUUUAUGAUUAAACAAAUAAUCAAUAACUUAAAUAGCUUACCAGGCUUACCAUAUAAUGGUGAGUAAAUGAGAAAAUGAUAAUAAAACACUGUACAGACACACAAAAAAAUGUAUUCGUUGAGAAAAAGAAAUGCAAAAAAAAAAUGUUGUAGGAAACAGAAUGAAGAAUUACCUCCCAGAUGUAAUUAAAAAAAAAGAAUAUUAAUGCUAAAUUAUACAAAAGAAUAAAUCACUGUAAAUUGUUUGAUGAAUGAUAUAUACUAUAAAAAAAAUUGAAAAUUAAUCGAGUAAAUGAGACUUUAAGAAGAAUCAAUCGUGUCUCAAACGAAAUAAUUUUUUUUCUCAACGGGAAGACACAGAAAAACCGCCCAAAGUGAGAAAUUUUUCACACUGAAAAGAUUGUAAACUUUUUAUCAAUUCCACCAUGUAUUCAUUGAGAGUCAGAUAAUAAUGCCAAAGUAAAAAUAAUGUAUUAAAAUGGAGUAAAAAAAUGUAAUAGAAAUGAAUCAAAUCGCAAGAAUCAAAUUUCCCAGAUUGUUGAAGGAACUGCGGGGAAAAAAAGGAUUCUCAGCGAGCAUUUUGCAGAGGAACUUAAAUAAAUGGAAGAAUGAGAAAAGGAGCAAGAUGUAAAGUUUUUAUUUGAAACUGAUGCAUAUUUAUGAAUUCUAGUACAAUAAAAUGAAAUAAAAUUAGAAAA